AUGGGUCUGAAUCUCAUCUGGUUACUGAUAAUUCAACUAUGCAUUUCAGCAUCAGCAGAUGGCUUAUAUGACUUCACUGCCGAAUCUCUGGAUGCUUUCCUCGAAGCUUCAGCUUUCCAAACCGUUUUCCAAUACCGCCGCCACACUGGUGCUCUCUACCAAGCUCUGCUCCCUUCCAAUCUAUCAGGUAUCCGGGUCUCGGUCGUAAGGCUGAGAAGCAGGAGGCUAUGGAAUCUUGGCGCCAACUUCAGCAACUUCCGGAUCCCUCCAAGAACCAUGCCCAUGCCUCACGUCAAGAGGCUGGCGAUUGUGUACCAAGACUUGGGAAAUCGGUCGUCUGAGUACUACAGUGUUGAAGGCUAUUCGUUCCUCGCUCCAGUAGUCGGGUUUCAGGUUUUUGAUGUGUCGAAUAUCAGUGCGCGAAACAUGAUCAGAAAGAUUAGCCUCGACACGGGAGAGAAGUCUGUUGCUGUGAACUUCCCAGGAGGAAGAAUCAAGGAGAGGUCUGGAGCACAGUGCAUUGUGUUUGGUAGUGAUGGGAGCUUCGAUCUCAGAGAAAUGGAGGAGUUGGAUGCCUGUUAUGUUAAGGAUCAAGGUCAUUUCUCUGUUGUGGUUCCAGAAGAAGGGUUUCACAGGAAGGAGAAGAAGCUCUGGUUUCUGUGGAUGGUGGUGGGGAUUGUGGUUGGGAUGGCGGGACUGGUUCUGGUGGCGUAUUUCGGAUUCUUGUUGUCUAAGAAGCUUUUGAAGACGAAGAAGAUUCAGGUAAUGGAAAGACAAGCUGAUGAAGAUUUAGUUCUUCAAACUGUAUGGAUAAGGAGUAGCAAAAUGCCGUCUGCAGCUGUUACCAGAACCCAGCCAACAAUUGAAACUGGCUAUUUUCCAUAG